AUGAUCAAUGAGUAUAUUAAAGGGGCUUACUUCUGCGGACCGAUUGAGGAACAAGUAUUGAGCUACUGGAAAGAGAGCUUGGUGAAUUCGAAUCUGGUACUCUUCAUGAGGUAUGAAGAAAUGAUAGAGAAGCCUGUGGCUCAAGUUAUGAGGCUCGCUGAUUUCUUAGGUUGUUCGUUCUCUGAAGAAGAAAAGCAAAGUGGAAUGGUGGAGAAGAUCUUGGAACUUUGUAGUCUUGGUAACUUGAGUAACUUGGAAGCUAACAAGAUUGGGACAUCUACUUGUGGAAUCGCUCACCAUGCGUUUUUUCGUAAAGGAGGAGUCGGUGACUGGAAGAAUCAUCUCACCGAUGAGAUGGCAAGAAAAAUUAAUGAGAUGGUCGAAAAGAAACUAGAAGGUUCAGGGUUGAAGUUUGAUUGA